GCACCGAAUACCAAGUCAUUGUUGUUGGAAUGGACAAGGUCUUCCCAGAAAUGACAUCUGAUCGAAUCCAGGAAAUCACCAAGGCUUUGGUUGCAUACCUCAAGGAAGCCAUUUUCCAAAAGCAUGAUCCAGCCUGCCUGGAGAAUAUCAAUGAUGAUUCUGAGUGGCUGUCCGUCAAUUUUGGAGAUUUUUCUAAUUAUAUAAAUUAUUCAGAUUUAAUGGAUUUCAACAUUACUGGGGAGGAUAGUAUUCUCACUCAGAAACAGUUGGCGCAGUUCGUAGCCACUCCUGGGGAGCUGAAGCGACCAGAUGAUAUCAUCAAAAUUAUGGCAAUGAUUCAUUUCUCCUUUAUAGGACCAUUCUUUGACAUUGUAUCUCCAGUUAUUCAGAAAAAUGAAGGAAACUACAGCCAAGAAAUAAAAUCAACAUUGCUCCAAGUGGUGUUUGACAGAGGGAAUUUGUCAUCACCUGGUGUCUCAAACAACGAAAUUCUUUUAUGGCUUAAAUUAAGGCUGAGGCCUUUGCUCCCAAGUCUGAAUUCAUCUCAGGUGGCUCCUUUCUUUAACAUUGUGAGGAACAGGAACUGCAACAUAAGCCAAGAAGCUAUUGAUAUACUUAACCAAGUUCACUCUUCACUGAAUGAUGCUACACAGAAAGAAAUCUACAAUAACAUAAUGCUCUUACUCCAAGAACCAAGUGCAAUGCAGUGCUAUACAAAUGGCAGCUUCUAUCUGUUCCUGAAAAAAUAUUUCAAUGACUUCGGAUUUCCUGAUUUAACCGACUUUCUUUUGUUAAUGCCAAAAAGACAACAGCCCAAGCUGAUCAACUCCAUUCUUGAAUCUGAGCUGGAAAUCUUGCUUCAGCAGCCCGGUUUUGUUGGAAACACCACAGAUCUAUGUAUUUUAUUAACAAACUACAAAAGUAUCAGCCACUUCUUGGAAAUUGUGAAUGUUCCAGAUUCCUUGAGACAACAAAUCUUAUUUUGUGUGUGGCCUUUAGCCCUGAGUAGUGAGACACAAGUAGAUGCUGAUGCAUGGUUUGACAACACACUGAAAGACUACUUGAAAUUCCUUACAAAGGAUCUGAUCAGUUUCUCUGAAAUACAAACUGCCAGCUGUCCAUCGUUUUGGAAAUUCGUGUCCUACCUUGGAGAGAGUUACAACUACAUCAACUCAGACUUUACCCAGAAAGAUGUUUAUAAUACUAUUAAAGACUAUCUGAACUCAGGCACAAAGCCAAAAUGUUAUGAUUCUACUGAUCCACAAAUGAAUUCAGCUGCUUGGUUUGUCAAUAACCUCAAUACAUUCAUCUCAUUCAUGUCUUUGGAUGAUCUCAUCUCAUUUGUCCCCACUGAUGAAAUGGGAUUAUUCUUGGUGAACCCUGAAGAUAUUCAACUCUUUAGCAGCCAAACACUACCUGAGGAUGUCGUCUCUUUUUGCACCUCCCAAAUUUAUAAGUACAGCCCUAAUUUUGACCCACUGAAUCUCCCAGGUCAGUUUCUUUGUAAAGUCCAAAUAUCAGUGUACAUGAAUCAAAAUCAGACUCAGAGCAUCAGUAUUCUGAAUAUACUGAACAAGUUCUGCAAUAAUUCUGAGAGUGCUGCAGCUUUGGUACAAAAUAUCCAGACGGUCAAUGUAAAUACCAUCAUAAACUUAGGACAGGAUAACUCUGCGCUCACAGUCUCACAACUUUCCUCAACUUCAGUCAGUGUUCUUGUGUCCUCUCUACAAACAUUGAGUAAUGUGAGUGGCUGGAGCCUGGACCAGACCACUGCAAUCAUACAUACCAUCACGGCAGGGGGCUAUAAGAUUGACAGUGCUGCCAGCUUGCUGUCGUUGGGAAGUCUAAUAAGUGGUGUUCCAACAACAAUGUUUGACAGCAUUCCCACGUCUGAGAUCAUCAUUACGUCUCAAAAUAAAAAUUUUAUCAAUAACAUGAUCCAAGCACCCGAAAUUGUACAGGAUGUUUACGUUUCAAAGAUUAUCACCAUCAGUCAAGACCCCAGUAAAAUAAUGCAGAAUGUUCCUGAUGAACUGGCCUCGAAAAUACCACUACCUCUGUUGGUUUUCUCUGAAAACGAUGUUCAAAUAACUGCAAUCAAUGUGAAAGCAUGGGAUCAAGAACAGGCUAUUGUGUUGUUCGGGACAAUUGUAAAUGCUACUGAGGAUGUUGAAGAACUUGCACCUUCCAUAUUGCAAGGAUUUACGUGCAAUGCAGUGAGCCAUCUUGAAGUUUCCAAAGUUACACAGCUCAUCCAAGCUUCCAGGUUAAGACCAGACCGGAAAAAAGUGAAGCUAACAGAAACGCAAUUAACUUGCAUGAACAGUUACAUUCAAGAUGAGGAAUCGCUUAACUUUACAGAAUAUCCUUCAGACAUGUUGCUAUAUUAUAACUAUGCACAGGUUGGACAACAACAAUGUAAGUCGUAUUUCACUGCAAUUGGAACAGCAGAUUUUAGUAUCCCCUCUGCAGUCCUCAAUAUAGAUACCACUUUGCUGGAUGAGGCGAAAAGCUGUCUUGGCAUUUCAGGCACAAUCCUCAGUGCAGACAACGUGGAGGUGCUUGGGAAUAUGGUCUGUACACUUAAUGGGUCCUAUAUUGAGAACUCUGAUUCCCUGAUCCUGGAGAAACUAAAGAACUGUAACAACUUCUCAAUGGACCAAGUCACAGCUAUGGAGAAUCUGCUGUUUACUGGUGCAACCAAAUAUGGAAAUGCCUCAGCAUGGAAUGUACAAACCCUGUACAAUCUUGAAACACUUCCAUUGUACCUAACAACGCAAUUCUGGAGCAUGUUCGGACAGUCUGUGAAACAACAGUUCCUGAGGUCAUUCCUGCCACAAUUAAGGAAAAAUGGAGUUGACAUAGAAAAACUGAGAAAUUUGUUUGAGAUGCUGAAUUCUGUUAGAAGUAAACGGGCUGCAGAAUGCAAUGGUAACAGCAUUACUCAGAUUCAAAUAAACGACGCAUCUUUCCCGUUCGGAUUUGGGUUGACGGACUUCAACUGUAUGGAUGUUAAGCUUGUGAUAGACAAUUUGGCAACCUUGGCAACAAAAGUUGUUGCUACAGACCUUCAGAAAGCUGUUCUCGCCAAAUUAAACCAGGCAUACCCUUCAGGUAUUCCAGAUGGAAAUGUUCAAUUGCUUGGGUCAAUUUCCCAUGUGGCUUCAUUAAGUGACAUCAAUAAAUGGAACAUCACUACAAUUGAUACACUGUCUGCUUUGAUGAACCCGUCUCUCGGACAAUGGGAACCAGAUAUGAGUAAGGCCAUCAUCACAAAGUACUUAGGAACUGCAGGCAAAAGUCUGGGAACACUUGAAUUGAAUUCAAUCGGUGGACAAAACCUGUGUUGUCUGGAUGUCAGUAUACUUGAGACCAUAAAUUCAAGCAGCCUUGGCUAUGCCAAACCUUUAGAUAUAUCAUCUUGCACCACUCAGCAAAAGAAUCUGCUCUACCAAAAAGCCAUCACCUUCUUUAGCACUUACAAGAGUAAAACUGAUGCUUUUUAUCAAUUAACCAGGCCGUAUCUAGGUGGUGCGAAUCUGCCAGACAUAAGGAAUCUCUCUGUCAUGAAAAUAAGCAUGGAUAUAUUGACUUUCCAGAACCUUAACACAGAUGUUAUCAUGAAUCUUACUGUGAAAGAAGUGCAAGGCCUCCUGGGUACAUGCUUACCUGAUCUGAAAACUUUUAAGAAUGUUUCAAUACUACAUCAAUGGAUUGCAAAUCAGUUUCAAUCUGACCUGAACACCCUGAAAAUUGGCCUCACUGGAGGAAGAUCAGGACCUGUUCCAACAACUGCACCAGCUGGCAAUUCUGCAAAUAACUCCACAAAAAGCACAACCGCAACAACAACAAAACAUGCAUCUACAGCUGCAGGCAACGGGAUCACGAACCCAAAUAAUGGAGGAAUGCACCUAGCAUCAAAACGUUGGGCUUUAACUGUUCUUAUUGGGAUAAUCAUAAUUUCUGUGCAGUUGUUGUGGUGAUUUUAAUGUAGAAUUGUACCUACAAAAGAAGCAAUACAUUCCUAUUGUUAUGCUGAAUUGUAACAAGUAAAUUAAUCAUUUGAUCUUUGUACUCUUUAAAGUGUUCUUAAAAGUUUCACUCAUGAUUUUUAUUAUGAUUUUAAAGGGCAAAAUGGUAUCUUGACAAUGUUUUCACUAACAAUUAUAUAGUACAAUUACACAUUAUAUGGUUAUAUAGUACACAAUUUAGUCUUCUGUUAAGUGUGUUAUCUAUUAAGUAAUCAUGUAAACUUAGAGUAAAGAUGUGUGAAAUAAAUAAAGUAAACAUAAUGUAACAUCUAUCAAAUUUUAGAAAAAAACACAUUCAAAAUUUGUUAUGGGAAAAAAUGUUCCUUUCUUUCAAUAAAAUAAACAUUUAACUCUAA